AUAGAUAUACCAACAUCAUUUAUUUAACAACAUUAAUAACAUAAACUACAUGAGAGUACAAACGAUUUUAAGUCCAGAUACAUAAUAAUCUUUUAAAAGUUUAACGACUAAAUAGAUACGACCAUUCAACCAUUUUCCAAAACAACCUCUAAGCAGCUCCUAAACUUUAUUCCAUUCCAUCCAAUGAAUGAUGUUCAAGAAACAUCCUCAACAUGAUAUAAUUGGAACUUGCGGGUACUGGUGCAUUAACCUUAAGAGAUACUAGAGAAAAAUCUUGAAACUCAAUCCUCCAUGACUUGAAGAAAUUUGAGCCCCACCUCUGGAUUUCUGUCAUCGCCAUAAAUUCCCCAUUAAUUGGACUUCGACAAGACGCACCUGUAAAUUAUCAACCUCAUCUUCCAUCCAUCUUCCAACAAGAGCAGAGAAGAAAUAAGAAAUAAAACUGACAAAACAAAAUGAAGAAUCCAGACAUGGCAGGUUUGAUUAGGUGUACAGAGGAAGAAAAAAACAAUGGCGUUUUGGAGCAACAACUCACCAAUUAUGCACAAAGAAAAGAACCAGAAGAGCAUAAACAAAUUAUUUAAGAAACUAAAUAAAAAAUCUGGAAGAAUAGAACAUUCUACUUCAUAUGGGCCUACUGCCAAUUGGGAACAAACUUGCUACAUGACAACAAAAGGGUCCCAAUAUAAACUUUUAUUGUCCCCCAAAAGUCAAAAAGUUGAAGGUAGGUUUGGAUCUUUCCUUUGCAUCGUUUUCCCACUUUCUAAGGUACGGUCCUCCAUUGUUAAUAUUAUAAGAGAUCGAAACAGACCUUGUCUUCCCAAAUUUUUGUGAGAACAUGGAAGGAGAGAGAAUCAAUAUUUUCGCGACAAUUGUCACUAUAUGGGAGCUCCUAUACAGUGUCCUCUUCUGUUAUCUUUGUCUUCUUCCACUUGUGCUCUUCCUCCUCCCCACAAUUUAAGACCCAACUUCUCUUUUUCCACAAACAGGGAAUAUAAAGAGCACUCCUCAGUCCUCAGUUUCAUAACUUUUGUAGGAAAGCCACAUGUUUAAGGAAGACACUGCUAUGAUGGACUCCAAUCCACCUCUCUUCCAUCAAUAUGAGUUGCUUUUGCAAUCCACAGCACACUUGCAACCAUUUAACAAUGGAAAUCAACCAACUAGCUCUGUCAUGGAGGAAUGUCAGCUCCCUAUGAUUGAUCUUAAAGGUUUGGAAAGUAGCAAUGAAAGGGAGAGGAUGGCUUGCACUAGAGAGAUUUUUAGGGCAUCUGCAGAAUGGGGAUUCUUCCAAGUGAUUAACCAUGGGAUACCCACAGAGCUGCUGAGCAGAAUGAGCAAAGAACAAAUGAAGUUGUUUGGGACAUCCUUUGAGAGGAAAUCUACCAGUGGGAUUUUGGAUAAUUCUUACAGAUGGGGAACACCUACUGCAACUCACCCAAACCAGUUCUCUUGGUCUGAAGCUUUUCACAUUCCCCUCCGAAAGGUCUCUGAAGCUGCCUGCUAUGGAGAGUCCAUUUCUUUAAGGAAAGUGAUGGAGGAACUGGCGAGCGCCAUGUCGAAGCUAGCAAAGUCGCUGGCAGGAGUUUUGGUGGAGGGUCUGGGCCACCGGAGGGAGGUGUUGGACGAUAUCUGCGACGAAAGCACGUGCUUCCUCCGGUUGAAUCACUACCCGAUCUGCCCAUUUUCCGGCGAGGUUUCCGGGCUGGUGCCGCACACCGAUAGCGAUUUUCUGACCAUUCUUCAUCAAGAUUGCGGCGGCGGGCUUCAGCUGAUGAAAGGAUCGGAAUGGGUGGCAGUGAAACCCAAUCCAGAAGCCCUCGUCGUCAACAUUGGAGAUCUUCUCCAGGUAAAAACUCCAAUCUUUUGGACUGCAUUUAGUAUUUCAUUCUUAUACUAUAAGAUUUUAAUAUGGUUAACAUAA